CCGUGAGCACGGUGAGACGUGCGAAGAUAUACGGCGGAACCGCGGCCCGAAACAUGUGGAGUGAACUUGAUAUGUAACUGUUGCGUAACUGGUUAUAACCAUGUGUUGUGUCUGGAAGCCAUGCACAACACUUGCCGUGGCUUCUGCUACGAGCGAGAGUGUGGCAUGAUCUGGCCAUGGUUUUGUAAGCAAUUUUGUGGUCUAAUCUGUCCAAGAUGACCAGAAGUUUCCGAAGUUACGUGGACCUUGAUGAAUACAUCGAUAAAAAUGGGUCGGCUUCGGAGAAGCCUGCCCAGCUGGAGCCACUGCUGCUGCCAGGGGAGGUGCUGGUGGCGUCGGCCGACGACGUGCUGCUGUACCUGCCGCUGUCGGAGCGGCCCGACGGCGUGCUCGGACGGCUGGUCGUCACCAACUUCAAACUGACAUUCCUGGAGGCGCGCAACCAGCAGGGCAGACUCGCGUCAAUGGAACAGCGCAACCUGCUUCUGGGACCACGAGAUAUCUGUUUGAUGAAUGUUGAUACUAUUCAUCAACUCCUGUCGUCCAGCGGAAAGACCAAACGGCUCUAUCCACGGUCCACUGUGCAAGGCAAGAUCAAGGGGAUCCAGAUACGAUGCAAGGAUUUUCGCCUGUUCACGUUCAGUCUGAAUCUGACAAGUGUGAACGAAGCCGUAGCGGUGACAAGCGCGUUGCUGAACCUCUGCUACCCGCAGUCCGUCCACCUCCUGUUCGCCUUCAGCUACCGGGGCGGGCCGGCCACCGGCGAGCUGUGCGACCUCGGCACGCCGGCCUACUGGCAGGCCGAGCUGCGGCGCACAGGCGCGCUCGGCUGGCGCGUCUCGCAGGCCAACGAGCUGUACCAGAUGUGCCGCAGCCUGCCCGAGGUGUUGGUGGUGCCCAAGGGUCUGCUCGACGCUGACCUGGUGGCGGCCAGCGGCCACUUCGUGGAGCGGCGGCCGCCCAUCUGGUGCUGGGGCAAUGCUGAGGGCGCUGCCAUCGUCCGGUCAGCCUACACGCACCCGGACAUGCGUAACAGCCCCCAGGAGCGGCGCCUGCUGGACGCCAUGCGCGCCUCGCAGCCCUUCAUGCGGGAGCCGGUGGUACAGGACGUGGGAGCUGCCUGCCCCACGGCGGGGGAGCUGCAGGAGAGCUACCAGCGGCUGCGGCAGCUCUGCUCGCCAG